UCGUAUAUCCCCUCGCAAUUGGAGGCGCCAGCUACAGCUGCGUUAACGCUGCGGGCCUCACCAUUCAAACUCCUACUCGACGAUGCCAAGCUCGUUUUGUCGUUGGUUCGCUGGAUUCCGGGAAUCUUCCUUCCUCUCCGCUCUAAAAACCGCUAUGCCGAAUCCUCCCCCACCCGCGCAAAUCUCCAAGACAUCUCCCUCCACAUCUCCCUCUUCUUCCUCACCAUCUCCGCCUUGAGUCUGGGGGCUAGAAUCCUUCUUGCCUUUCCGGGAUGGGUGACGAUCCUCUAUGCCCUCGUCUGUUGGCUGGCUUUGAUGGCACUCUGCCGCCCCCUCAACUACGGCCCACGGGUCCUCCACAGCGCCGUCGACCUCACCGCCUAUCCCACACACCCACGGGAGCGCUGGAUCUUCGUCAACGGCAUAUGCGCGGGCACCCGAUGGCUACAGGAGAACCUGGACAUGAUCAGCACUAUCUUCCGACGGCCUGUCACGGGGGUGCAUAACCGCACAUAUGGACUCAUAUUCGAUCUUUUUGAGUGUCUGGUACAGAGGGAUUUUUCGUAUAUGACCGAUGAUAUUCGCAUCGCGUAUAAUACUCUCAAGGAGACGCUGCUGGACGAGGACGUGGAUAAGGUAGUUCUCGUGACGCACUCGCAAGGCGGGAUCAUUGUGGCCGCGGCGGUGGAUGCCCUGUGCGCUGAUCUCCCGCCGGCUGCGUUUGACAAGUUGGAGAUUUACACGUUCGGCUGCGCGGCAAACCACUUCAACAACCCACCGCGAUGUAUCCAAUGCCACAACGGCUCCUGCAACCCUCUCCCGGGGCUCCCGCGACACCCGCCCAGCAACAAGCGGCAAAUCUCGGUAAUAGAGCACUACGCCAACUCCAACGAAUUCGUUGCGCGUCUAGGAGUCCUCCGGUUCGUCAAGGGCCAGGGCGAGAACGAGUUUGUGGGCAAGGUCUUUACGCGCCUGGGCGAGAGCGGCCAUCUCUUCUGUCAACAUUAUCUCGAUCCUAUGUUUGGCGACCAUGCGACAUUUUUGGAUGAGGAGGUCGUCGUGGAGGAGGGCGUGGUGGUGGGAAGGGCGGCUGAUGCCCAGGGCGUGGAGGGAGUAAGGGAUGGGGAGCGGCAGAGUGAACGAGCGAGG